GGUAGGUACCUACAUGGAGGGUAGAGGUAUACCUACUUACCUACCCUCCAUAGUAGGUAGGUAUUGUACGUGCCAUUGCAAAGUUAACUUAGAAAUAGAAUAUUGAAGUGUAUUAUCUAUGGCUAUGGAGUACUAAUAGUACUUUAAAAUAUACUAAAAUAAGACAUGACUUAAAGGUCUUAGUUACCAGGUCAUAAAAUCCCAUUAAAAAAGCUUAAUAUUUGCCAAUUUUGCCAUUAUUUGCGACUUUUGAGAGGGACGUCACUUCACAAUCACUUAAUUCACAAUUCACAUCACUGAUACUGAUCACAGUGAUCACACUAGAUUUGCUAUUAGUUGAAAGAGGAAGCGUUGUCAAGGAUUAAAUUUAACAAUUUCUAUAGAUUACUUUUGCACUAUUCAGAUACAGAAAAAAAAUUAACGCUCACUUUGAUUAUUGAUUUGAGCAGUAAUUAUAAAAAUUAUUAAUUAUUAAUUUUUAUCUUUCACUGUUCACAAACUACUGCAAAAUAAAAUGCAAGUGCAUUUCCAUGGAAGUAUCAAACUCCUGAAACGAACGAAUUUGCUGUGAAUUGUGAUAUUAAUAAAACAAAUCAUGAUAAUGAAUGUUCCAAUACGAUUCAAAGUAGGAGAGUUUCAGAGUUUUAGUUGGUUAUACAGUGCUGCACCUUGUUUUCCUGUGAGUGCUACCAAAGUAUCAAUUUCUGAAGACCCUAAGAAGUUCUACGACACCUUAUGCGAUAGGUUUGGAAAUGCUAAAAACAGAAUAUCAGUAGCCAGUCUAUAUGUUGGAAAUGGGAACUUAGAAAAUAAUCUUCUUGAGAGUGCAAAAGAAAACUUAAUAAAUAGAAAAACUUUAACUUUAAGCCUACUAUUAGAUUAUCAAAGAGGAACUCGUGGUAACCAAAACUCAGUAACUUUAUUUCAGAAAUAUUUCCUUGAUUUGUCUGAACAAUGUAAACUGUAUUUAUACCAAACUCCAAGGCUUCAGGGAUUAUGGUCCAAAGUUCUGCCAUCAAGAUAUAAUGAAAUUGUAGGAUUACAACAUAUGAAACUAUACAUAGUUGAUGACAGAGUUUUACUGAGCGGUGCAAAUUGUUCAAAUGACUACUUCAUGCAGAGACAAGACCGCUAUAUAGAAAUAGAUGAUCCUGAUCUUGCCAACUUCUAUAGAGACAUUAUAGAUGAGGUGAGCAAAUACAGCAAAAGAUGUGAGAAUCAAGAUAUUGUUAGUGAUAAGAAAUUGACAAAAGAGAAAAUGAUUCAAGAUAUGAAGAAUAAUAUUUGUAAUGUCAUAUAUAAGUGGCAGCAGUUGCAGCUCUCAAAAUUGUCUACAAGUGGAGAUUCAAGUUUGGACACUUGGGUGUUCCCACUCAUACAAAUGGGAGAGUUCAACAUAACACAAGAUGAAUAUGUUACUAGAAAGUUGAUGGUGUCCGCGCCAAAAGGCUCUCACCUACAACUUGCAACUGGAUAUUUUAAUCUCACAGAGCAAUAUACGCGGACGCUUCUCGAUCAAUGUAAAGCAAAUGUAAGCCUGUUAAUGGCACAUCCAAAUGCUAACGGCUUUCUGGGAGCUGCGGGACCAGCAGGAGGAAUACCAUUUGCAUAUUCGUUAAUAGCUAAACAAUUUUGGCAAAGGGUUGUUGAUUCGAAUCAAGCAAGUCGAAUAAGGAUGUUAGAAUAUGAACGUCCUGGGUGGACGUUUCACGCGAAAGGCUUAUGGUACUACCCGCCGGGUAGCGACGUGCCGUGGGCCACUGUAAUAGGGUCUGCGAAUCUCGGGGAGCGAUCGGUGAAACGCGACCUCGAAGCCCAAGCCGCCAUUUUCACCGUAUCACCUGAAUUACAGGCGAGGCUUCAGCAAGAGACCAAGAGACUACACAGUUACUCUAAAGAGUGCGGAGAGGAGCUUUUAUCUAGAGAAACUCCGAAGUGGGUGCGUGCGACAGUCAAACUGUUCAGAACAUACUUUUAAUUUGUUAGAAGUGAAAUAAAUUUUAGUUAAAAGCUAAUGAAAUAAAGCUUUUUUACCAAUU